GUCGCCGCGAGAGCUCUCCAGCAAUCGGAUGCCAUUUCGACGAGAAGAGCUUUGGUAAACUUUGGAAGUGAUAAGGGGCGCUGAUUGUGGCGAAAACAACGAAUCCCAUGGACUGCAGGGCAUGGAAGUGCCGGCUGCUUUCGCUGACGCUGCUGGUGACCGUAGUGCCCUGUGGAUGGGCCGGCGAUGCAGAACCCUCUGAAACCGAGCAGCCGGGCUGCAUCUUGAAUGUCUCCAGCAUCCGGGUCGGAGACACCAGGGAUGUGUCAUGCCAGUGCGCAGGGGAUGUGGGAAAGAACAUCACCAUCGAGGAGCAGGGCAAGAAGUUCCUGGUGGACUCCUUCAACGGCACCGCGCUGUACAGGAGUCCCAGAGCCACAAAGCAGGCCUUUAGGCAGCGGUACAUGUGCCUCGUGGACGGCUAUGUGGUGAGCAGCGAGGUGGUCAACGUGUAUCCCCGGCUGGAUGUGACCGAUCUCGUCUGCCGGUACCAGAGAAGCGUGUUCAAAUGCCGCUUCACAGCGCUGGAGUUGCUGGCCUUUGCCAAGGACACCCACUACCAAAUGUCGCGGAACUCUGGCAAGCCGGUUGUCUGCAACAAGACCGAUCCCGGUCCGGACAGACGCCCCAUCCAGGUUCUGUGCGAUGUGCCCACCGACCCGAACCUCAUUCCCGAAGGAGACUUCACCGUGCUUAUGAACGACAGCUUUUCGCCUCAGACGCAGGUCAUCCAUCGAUCCGAGUGGCAGGUGAAAGUGCUGGACUGGCCAGAGGCAGAGCCCAUCGCCAAUCACACCAUGGAGCCCAACCACACCUGCUACGUGUGGAACGAACCCAACGUCCUGGGCAAUCGCGCAGUUGAGUGGAAUGUGGUGCUGCGCCACGAGAAUGCCAGCCUUUCAAAGGACCUCACGCUCGUCCAACUCCGGAGAGUCAGCUUGGUGGACUCCAUCUGCUUUGAAAACCCACCUGAGGGCGAUCAGACGUUCUACGUGAGUUUCAGGCGCCGCCUCAACGAUGCCCAGGCGAUUUGGUCUGACUUCUGGAGUCCCGAAAUCAACCUAACAACGCCCGUAAAGCUGCCCGUCCGCCCGCCACAGUUCCGGCCCCCUGGGUUCUCCUACGAUCCCAGGAAGAAAGAGCUGAAGGUCUACUGGGAGCAUCUGAAUAGUGUGGAAUUCAACGGACCCAAACUAAAGAGCCUAGUGAGCAGCAGCAAUGGCGAAGUGGACACCAUCACCAACAGUUCCGCGCUGCUCAAGAAUUGGGAUGAUGAAAAACCGGGCACGGUCAAUGUGUGGAGCCAGAACGUCCUUGGGGCAUCCCAGGAUAGCAGCCAGCUGGACGUGCCCACGCUGAGCGCCCUCAAGGACCGACAGGUUUCUUCUUAUAGGUACAACAAAACCAGCUACAUCCUCACCUGGAACGAGCCGACGCAGACGGAAAACCUGCAUGGCUACAUUGUCUACUGGUGCCAGUUCUCCGGAGUGGUUCAAGACGAUUGCGAUGACGAUUCCAUUGCGACGCACUUCACCCUGGAGCCGAGCUUCAAUUUCUCCGAAAAGAUGCCCGCUCCUUGGUUCCGGAGGGGCGUGGCGGCCCACUACAAUGACAGCCUGAGCGGCGGCAUUGUCUGGCUGCCAGGUGAGCACGAAGCCCCCGAGGAGCAGUCCGCCGUCCUGCGCUAUGUGGAGGGCAUCCUCGCACUGGUGGCGCUCGGCGUGAUCUUCCUCGUGGUCCGGAAGCUGCAAAAAAUGUCGGACAUCCGCGUGGACAUGCCGGAUAUGAGUUGCGACAGCGAGACCCUUGAAACCAAGGAGCCCGUUCGGCCCCACUAUCCGGCAGUAAUUCCCGGGGAAAAGUUCUACGAGGGCAUACUGAAAAGCCUUAAAUUCGAGAUUCCCAAUGAGGAACCCUACGUGGAGCUUCAGGCGAUUGCGGGGGCCCAUCCCGCACCGCAAGCACCGCAGGCACCCCAGGCCAACCAAUAUGUGACCAUCAACACCGUGGCCGCUCCCGGCUGCGACGGGUACAUCAAGCCGCCGCCCAUGCGAUGAAGUACGGGGGCUAUUCGCAGCACUCUUGCCUCGCCUCGCCAUCUUGUGAUUCCACUGUAAAUGCUCCUGGGUCGUAGUUAGUCAUUACCUCAUUAUCAAUCCCACUGAUCAAAAUAUCCUCGCAUACACAUUUUUGUAUUAUUAUUGUAGUCAGAAUUUCGCGAGCUCGAAAGAAGACUUACUCGUAGAGCAAGGUGCACAAUUUCUCAGAGGGUUGCCUGCUCCACGAGAAGCUGCUCCACGUUGAAAGUAACCCAAUACCAUAAGAGAACCUAGAGUCGAAUGUACUUAUAAUUAAGUAGUGCCUAAGAAACCCACGCCCGCUCUAACGCUCAUAACCAUUAAGCUAGAGGUUAAAAUUCGACAUUCAGAUUCUGAAGUUAGGCAGUUUUCCUUUGUUUCGGCUUUGCCCCUAUUGUUUGCUACAGAGUUUUAAAGAGGUGAAGCCGACGCAAAUGGUUGUUUUAUCACAGCAUUUCAAACUCUGCCGAUAUGUGGGUACUUAUUUCUGCUCCCGAUCAGCAUCGCAUUGGGGGAAACUGUGCACUAUUAUCCGGAGAACGAUUGGACACUCGGCCAUGUGGUGGCCUAAGACCACUUGGCUGUUUUUGAUAAAAAAUCUCUCGCUAAUCUCGAAACAUUCCCCUUAUUUUGUUUUUUAUCCCCCAUAGCGACGGCUUAGGAGCCGGUAACCUUGGCCGGGUCACCCACAUACACACAUAAGUG